CAAGCAUACCAGCAAGCACAACUCUCAACUACAUGAUGAGAUGACUCAAAAACUGAGUCCUGCAGUCGUGGUGACUACAUCAAAUUGCAAAUAUGGUGCUUCGUAAUUCGUGUCCGCCACAGCGGCAACCGCAUAAGCAUGAUUAUAGGCCCACUGCCGUCUUCUUCUUAUGCCUUUUCUCGUGCCUCUCUUCUCUACUUCCCGGUCGUUUGCUCCUCUUCCGAGAGGCUUUUGCCUCCGAAGCUGGUCGAAAGUACAGUGAAAACUACAUCACGGACUGGUCUUGGUGUCGUGGUCUCUCCCGCUAUUUCGAUUGGGAGAAACUAUUGCAGAAACAGCGAUCGUGUGGCAUUCUCGAAAUACCUCUCAGCAACCUCCUGGAAGAUGAAACGAAGUCCCAAAAGGAGUCCUCGUCUGACCCCAAGGCCUCGUCUGACCUAUUUUUGUGCAAGAAAGGAGGAACAGAGGACGAUAAUCAGUCAACUGCUCUUGAACAAGAUGAAGCGGCUUUGGAAAAGGCAGCUAUUCAAGGUCAGCUAAAGCUUCGGAAGUCCGACCCGUUGACGGAAGCAGAAGAAUAUGCACUGGGUAAGGCUUCAAUCCCCUGAUCCAUCCUCGGAAGCAUCUUGCGCACGUUUUCAAGGAGCAGCUCCCGGUCUGUGUAGUGGAUAUUUCUCUCGAUUAAUUCUAUGUUGUCUACUCUAUCAUGAAGACAUGAUCGCUCGAUCUCAGGAUGGAUAAGGGCGGUGGGCUCCAAACAAGAAUCGCUGGAUUUCGCACUGGAGUGGCAGUGGGGACGUCCUGUAGACUUGCUUUGUGCCAAUGGAUUGGUCACUGCAGCCAUGAUAAUUUUACACAGAGACGUCUUUUGGAGACGCGGCGCAGGAGUGUCCUCGGUUAGCGUAGCAGACUACGUUGACGGUGAGGGCACACAGGAGAGUGAUGUUGUAACUGUUGCAAGAGCCAUCAUUAAGGCGAGAGCCAUCAUUAAGGCUAGAGCCAGACUCAGUCUUACAGUCACUAUCUGGCUUAGACUAUGCUGAGUGGAUUGCCCUUGGAAGUGUGUCGAGGGGAUCUUUCUUAUUUUUAGGGCCACCACAAAGGGAGAGGCUAUGAAGGGGUACAGUACUACGGCAAUCUUUAACAGUAGCAGCAACGAUGAAAAAGGGAACGAAGCUUCUAUAAAGGGGCCUCCGACGCAAGCGGAAACCUUUCCCUUGGAUGCACAUAGAGCACUCUCGAUCGAGGCUUUGUUGAGACGGAUGGCCGAUAGGGUCUUCUUACUCGAUGCGAGUCUAUGGGGAGCCAAGUCGUUUCUAGUCAAGGGUAUGGCCAGAAAUAGAAAGGAAGUUUGAACCCCUCUUCUUGUCAACGGUAAGACAACCACUUAUAAUUUGUAGCUUUUGCGCGCCUCACAGUCAAGGAUAUGAGAACCUCAUUUGACUUCCGCUUCCAUCGCGUUUAGGUGCUAGUAGUACCUACUGAUGUUCGGCGACUUUAUCAAACAACGAAGAUGCUCCUCAUGCUUCAGAUGAUAGUACUAGUAACUAAUGUUAAACCACGACUUGAUGCAAAGAAGAUGUUUGUUCUAAUGUCUAGUAUUUCGAGAAGCAUUCCCGCGUACUGGAUUUUCCACGGAAUGCGCUUCCAGACAGCAGUGAAGCAGCUGCUUUACUGUCGGAGAGCAGCUCUCCAAAAGGGCCACAUCAGCAAGGCUCUGUGGCUCAUACUAUGGGUAAGGCUACAAGAAACCCACCUUCCCCGGGAUCUUGGUCCCGGUUUUACAGCGGAAGCGGGAACUAAGAUCAUUAGCCCGCAGCUGGGUUUCUCUUACAGUUCUAAUAUUGGUAAUGUGUUUGAAAGGACGCAGAAUGAGCUGAAAUUUUACGCCGCCCAGCAUCCUGAGCAAACUGUGACUUUCAUCGUUCCGCAUCUCACGGAAGAUACUGCGAAAUACCUGCUAGACCACUUCCCGCAGCAUUUGGUUCUCACUUUCAAAGCACCAGAGAACACUUCUGUGGACUUGUCAGAAGAAGCGACGGAGGACAAGAAAAGCCUAGAUUCCUCAGAAACAACGGAAGACAGGAAAGACGUGGAUAUUAGAAGUGAUGUGGAUCAUAUUAGUGAAGAUUUACUUGAUCGGACUGUUAUUUCUGACGAAAAGCCAGUUGUAAAUAUGGAAGCAAGACGCGUCAACAAGGGAGAGGAGGGCAAAACGACGAUAGAAGAGGCUGUCGAGGACGCAUCACAGUCAUAUUCUUGGUGGCUAGAAUUGCAGAAUUCAGGACUGAGAAAUUGGUACUUUUUUGACCGUGGCGAUCCGGCAACUAUUGAUCCCCCUGGCGUCGGUGUUAACGGGAUGGCGGAGAGCGUGCCAACAUAAGGCAAGGAAAAGCUUACUCAUUCUGCUCAAGAAAUUAGUAGGCUGACUUUCGGUACUACAGGAAAAGAAAAUUGAGUUUCCUGUAAUUCCUUGAGUCAUCUGAUGAAUACCCUGUAUUUCUAUCGGAGUUGAUGGAUCUCGUCCUUGUUGUUCUUCUCUCGGAAAGAGGCACUCUUUACGUCUUGAUUCAAUUACACGUGCUAAUAAAUAGUAAUUUCUGUGACUUUCAUAUAAGGCCGCUGAUUUUUAUAGUAGCAAAACCGGAUUUGCUACCCACGCCAGCUGGUCUGCGGGAACUCAUUCGGUAUCAGAAUAAAGCAGAAGUUACUGGAGGGCACGUACUUUUGGGGCACUCUCCUGUCGAAAAGAAGUUACUGGAGGCCGAAUUCAGGAUAAAAGCGAAAGACCCUGCUGAUAGAAGUUCAAAAUUGCAACAACUUGCUCUUAUGAAAACAACACCGAUCAUGGUACUAGAGAUUCAUCGACAGCAGAAGCACGGCUUCACACAGCACAUCUUCACAGGCAUCCUGAGACCGUUUGGAAGGGGGAAAAGGUUCCAGGAUGCGCGCGAAGAUGGAUUUCUUUUGGUUCUAAUUCUUCUAGAAGUGUGACUACUACUCAUCUAGUUCACAAUGACUUCUGUUUUGUUGCAGCGGUGAAAGACUGGCGUUUGCGUUUCUCUUCGUGGUAUCAAGAGUCGCUUUUUCUACCAGACGAAAGCGUGACCUAUGAGUCUCUUUUGGGUACGAGUAUCAGAGGUAACUGGUUUGGGCCUGACGUUGCACUAGCAUCCGUGCCAGAGCAGGACAAAGACGAGGAUGAUCAAGAUGCUGAAGAUGGUGCUUCUUCUGCUCCAGAUAGAAAAGUAGAAAGACCAGAAAUGAAUCCACCACCUUCAGGUGGUCCCUUAUUUCCGGCUAAAGUGUGCGAUACCACGAGUCCUAGUUUUUUGGCAAAAUCAGAAGUAAUAAAACGCAUCCCAUUUGAUCCAGAGAUUCGAGAUCCGGACUUACUAGCCCUCGAAUACUUCUUACGACUGCGUCAACAACAGCCACGACCUGUCCGAGUUGCAACACCAGUGUCAGCGGAAAUGACAUACUUGGGAGGUGGAGGUGCAUUGUCAUCGAGUAAAGUUGAUAGAGGGAACAACAAGCAUGCACAACAUGGGAUGGAGAAAGCUUCAUCAUUUGGUGAAGAUCAGUUGAGUCAUUUUUUGUAUGGCUCUGCGGUGUUUGCGAAAAGUUCAACUCAGUGGAGUGAUGAUUUGUCUUCAAGGUGGCGUCGCAGGGCUGGUCGAUUUCCUACAGUAACGGAAUUACGCGAAGUAGAACUACCCUUCGUUUCGCAAGGGGACGUUUUGCAUGAUGGAAAUGUUUUAGUAGGACUUUCUUCAAGACAAUCAGCUUCAAAAGGAAGUUCAUGCACCACUUGUUCACGUACAACAGCUUCAUCUUCCUCUCUCGAGGCACGACCACAAGGGGACACUCGCCUAUCACCACGCCAAGCAGAGCAAGCGCGUCACCGAGAUGACCCGAGGACGGCCUAUCUGAGGCACGAGCACUCAGCGGUAAUCAGUCUCGGUUGUGACUUGUCUGCGCAGAACUGCGAAAUUCCUGCCUGGGUAUAUCGUGGCUGGACAGCACCUCCUUGUUGUCGCAGGACGCUGAGAACGCUGCUUUUUUAUAUCACUUUAUGAAAGGAGCCCAUCGAAAUUAAGUAAGUAAGUCUAGGCCUUAGUCUAAAUAUCUGAAAGCAAGCGCUUAAAAGCUCAUCAGCUUUUCAACCAGCAACGACUUGCAAUGAUUUGCUCCUUUUGGUGGAAUUGUGAGUAAAACGCGCGAAAGGAUUGCGCCCUCCUGUCGCCCCGCGCCUUCAAGGCCCGACGUUUCCUCUGGGAAAGUGUGGAGCGCCUCACAGAGGCCGCAGGAGCUUGCCAACUUUCCGCAGCAGCUUGGCCAAGCAGGUGGCUCAGCCCAGCCGCGCCGCCUGAGGGCCUCGCGCCUGCUGAUCUUGGGAGAGGUGCGCCACAUGAGACGAAGAGGGGCAUACCGCUGAAAGGGUACCACGGACGCAGACAGCGCCUCGCGCAUGGCGCGCAGUCUCCUUUGCUUUCUUUCAGCUCGUGGCGCUUGCCAUACAUAUGCGCCGGCGGUGUGCGCAGGGGGAGGCGAGACGGCUCAUGAGCGGCAGCACGGUGGCCGCGAGAUCUAGAGGGGGGCUUGGAUCGGUGGGGCGGUCGAGCGUUUUUGGCUGUUCUGUCUGCGGGCAAGAGACGCAGCGCGGCUGCCUUCGGCGGGGUCGGUUCUUCUUGUAUCAAUGCAAGGAAAUCGCCCAUGCUUUUCCCUUUGCGUCUCGAUAUUAGCUUAGGGGCCUUGGGAUAUGGAUGCUAGGAUAUGGGCCCUCGGAUGUGCGGCGCAGAAUGUGACCUGGCUGGCGCGCAUGUGUGGCUCUUCAUUAUGGAGAACUCGCCAGCUUCUCGCCUUCCGCCGAAGUCAGACGACUCGCGGCCAUUCAUGUGGCACAGGCGUGCCAGCGAGCGGCCCUUGUCCGGCUGGCGCCUGUAAGAAAGUGCUACCAUGACACAAAUUUUCUACGCAGCCGGCUGGGCUCUCUUACAGGGAUGCGGAGGCAGGUCGCUGCUCACUUCCAUAGGGCGCCGGACUCGCUCGCCGCGAUCGAUGUCGACUCAAGCGCCGAUCUGAUGGAGGCGGCGGCAUGGCAGGCGGGUGCGAUAAUUUUUGGCGCAAGUACGCGCGCCCUCGCUUGUCUAGAGAAGAGAGCACCGUCCGAACGCGGCCGGGGGGCUUGCGAUCAAGGGCGUGGCUGGCGGGAAAGGAGGACGCGGGCACCCCUUUCAGCCACCUGGUUGGGCGUGGGGUGCUGGUGGGGGGUCGAGGUCGCCCAUAUGGAGGCCUACGGGGGAACCCAUGGAGGGCCCCGCCCCGCCUUGCAUAGGUUGUCGCCUGAGCUUCGUGCGUGCCGUGGUGUGCCGUUGUAUAAGGGCUCGGCGAGGUCGGACGAUGCGGACAGCUGUCGCUCCUUGGUAAUUACUCUGAUCGCGAUGAAGUUGGUGGCAAGGCUGGUCGGCACUAGGCUGCUUGCAGCGUUGGAGGGGGUGGGACUUUUACCGCCGGAACAGUAUGGCUUCAAGAAGAAACGCGGCACCCUUGGGGCGUUGACGCUCUACAAUCGACUCAGAGCGGACGCCUUUAGUGCGGCUUCGGGGAGAAGCACAGGGCGGCCCCUAGUGUCCAUGGUUGACCUUCGGAAAGCUUUCCCGAGUUUAGACUGGAGACUUGUAGUGCUGGCUUUUCAAGUUCGUUUUGGGCUAGCAGGUGGGUGCUGACGGCGGCGCACAGGUGGGCUCGCACUCAUUCGGGGGCCAGGCGUUUUGGCUGGGCCACGGAUGCAAGGAAGGGGGCCCCACCUCCCCGGCGCGGUGGGUUUGUCAUAGUCUACGCUUGCACAUUGCGGGCAGUGAAGCAUAGAGUGUACCGGGCUGGGUUGCAGGCUCUUAUCUACGCUCUGUGAAGCGUCACUUGCGGCAGCUUCGUUCGGAGAAGACUAAACUCGAGAGGGACAGGGAUACUCUAGAAGCUGAAGGCGUUGCUUGGUCCCGAGAGAAGACUGACGGCAAGAAAAACGGCAUUCAGCGAAAAGUGGGUAUUGCUGUCACGGAGUUGGCAGAUCUGCGCGCUCGUCAGCGGGUAAAUCGUAGGAAGGCCUUGUGAAUUUGCCCAGGUGGGUUAUGAAGCAGGGACGAAAGAAACAUGACAAAGAGACAGGUAGGAGAUGUGGCCACAAUUCGAGCACGCAACCUUGGGCGGCAAACAUGUGAGGAGGAUGGCACAGCCGUCAAGAUUGGAAAAGCAUGGAGGGCGCACCAUGUGACGAGAAAGAGGCUAGCUGGUUUGGGUGGAGGCUCGGAGAAGUGGAAAGAGAGAGAGAGAGAGAGGAACCUCCCCGGCUUGGGGAGGGCGGUCGCCUGGCCCCGACUUGCUGGCGCUUCGGGUGCGGAGGGUUCCCCCCCGAGCACCACGCGGCCAACCCCUGGCCCUGCGGCCUUGUGAAUUUGCCCAGGUGGCGCCCCCUGUGUUUAUGCAUCACCCGGCCUGGCUACUCGGUAGAUGAGUGCCGCCCAUUUGUUGCCAGGGUCUUGAGCCACACGGCGGACCGCGUGGGCGCGGUGCCAGCAGCUCCUCGGAGGGCUCCCCGGGGUCUCAUCUCCCCGCAUUGUCUGGCACAGCGCGGCCCCCAUGUUUUUCGCCCCUGGGUGUGAAGCGGCGACCGGCCUGAAGGCCACCUCCUUGCCAGUCGAGUCCCUUCCAGGAUUCGAACCAGAGGCCCUCCGCCUCCGCAGCGGAGUGCAAGCACCUGCCCACGCACUGGGCCACUCUGGCAAGUGCGUCCCUUGUGUUUAUGCAUCACCCGACCCGGCUACUCGGCAGACGAGUGCCGCCCAUUUGUGGCCAGGGUUUUGAGCCACAUGAUGGACCGCGUCGGCGCGGUGCCGUCCGGAAGCGGAGAGGGGAACUGCAGUCGGCGGUAGUCAGCUCGAUCCCCUUCUGCAGUACUCAGACGAGAGCGGUGUCCACAGGGACUCAGUCUCCCGACCCUCCUGCCCUUGCCUCCUGUUGGGUCUUUACUGGUCUCCCUGCAAGGGCAACCGGGGGGCCCCCCACAGGUUUUCCCGGAGACCUCUAUAGAGCGCGGUCGCGACUGUAAGGGGUGUCUGUCUUGCGUGCUUGCAUUGGGGUGCACUGCUUGUGCGCAGGCUUCUGAGGCUUCGCAGCCAGCUUAAUCAUUGAAGAGAGGAGGGCGCGGCGUUAGCUGUCUGCGUAUGGUUUUGCCCUUCCUCUGGGUCGACAGAGUUCGCUUGUCAUCAUAGAGAUUAGCCGUGGUGUUUUCGUUUGUCAUUUUUAAGCGAUGCACCUCCGGCAGAGCUUACUUGGCUCGGACGGAGUAGACGUUGCUCAGGGAUAAUGACCAUGACCACUUUUGCUAUCUAAUCUCCGACCUUUUCGACGCAGUUGGGAUCCGAUAUCUCGUGACAGAUGGCGCGCUUCUAGGCGCGUUAAAGUAUCACCAAUUGAUCCGAUGGGAUGCGGAUAUUGACUUGCAGAUACACCCCGAUGACUUCGACGCCUACCUGCUGAGGAAUGAACCGAUUAAUGGGAGUCCUGAGAUGGCCACAAUGGCUGGACGAACAGACGAACUACAAGAGAAUCUUGGCACUACAUCCACUUCCACCACACUCAGUAGAAAAAACCAAACUGUAGCAGGACAGAUUACGGAUGAUGGCUUCUUUUUGCGAAAGCACGAGACCUCGCUGACGCAGUUUCUGUUGCAGGCCAACGUGAACAAUUACCUCCUGAUCGAGCUCAACAAGCGGACAUACGACGCUUUUGAUGAGUAUGGCAAGGACAAGGUGAUUGGAUGAUUGCAGUACAUGGUGACACUUUCCUCGUUGUCGUAGUCCCGCAUUGUGGAUGUGCUUUUAAUAAGAAAAAGAAAAUCACAACUUUAACUUCUCAUCUAACCCCCAACACCCAUGCUGCUGCCUGUCGAGGGACGCUUUUUGAAGGCCUCACGAUCGGGAUUGUCUUUGGUACAAGGAUGGUACGGGCAUGGGUUUUUGGCUAACCGGUUGAGACACGUCCCCGAGUGGGAAGAAGAGCAUAAUCCACUUUUUUGUGCAACGCCUUACCACCAUAACUGUGCAGCUGGGCCAACAAGUAAGGGCACUGACGUAAUAAAGGCUGCGGUGCCGAUGUAAGUAUGGAUCAGCACGGCCGCAAUCGAGCAAGUGUAAGCAGGAGAGUCAGGACGGCCGCAAUCGAGCAAGUGUAAGCAGGAGAGUCAGGACGGUCGUAACUGGGCAUGUGCAAGCAGGAGAGUACGUAGUUUCAUGUUUAUAGAAUCAUUCGUUAUAACCUUGUCUUUGAGCAAGCUUCAUCAUAGUGCGAGCAGCUUCGCUGAAGUUUAGUGUCAGUUCCCUUUCAAUCCGAUUCAAGAUAGAGCUACGACGCAAAAGUUCCUGUCAUUUAUUUUCAGAGAGCAGCAUUCAUUCAAUCUCCGAUUGAAAAUUCAUCGGGAGAAUAAAGUCAAGCACGUUUGUAAUGCGGUCAAUUGUAAAAGCAACGAGAAUUCCUCGAAGUGUCG